GUAGGAAGCACUAGGAGCCCCAGCGAGUGAGUGAGUGAGUAAAUGAACAGAACUGAACAGAACAGAACUGCUGCAGUGUUAUGACUUGGUAUGGUAUGGCAUGGCAUAGCAUAGUCAUCGUCGUCGACUGCCCGCCCUCUUGAUAGAUUCUGAUCCGCUCUCUCUCUAUCUCUCUCUAUCUCUCAGCCAGGCCACGCUACGCCACGCCGUGCCAUGCCGUGCCAUGCCACGACGAGAGAGGGGCAAUGAGACGACCAUCACUUACUAGGUCAGUUCGCCAACAUCUCUCCCACCCGUGCUUAGAUAGCCCACUCGAGAGUACCGCAAGACAGCAACACCCAAGAGCACCGGCGCCCUGCCCCACCAGCCCAUCCUGCAUCGUCCCCGACCCGGCUAUAUCUCGCCGGAUACGCCGCCUCGGGAGCGAAAACAUAGUUAGUAGUAAGAGAUGUUGUCCUGGCAAGUCUUACACGAUAGCGCUCCGAAAACCAAUCGCACACACCAGACUCUCAACAGCUGAACGAAACUUCUCUCAUUCGCAUACAUACAGCGUCCGCAUCUGCACUCCCUCCAUCCCGCCACUAACUAAGAAGGUAUCACGCGAGCCGAAAACCCAAAAAACACCAGGAGGUCCAAGCCUCUUACGCCGCCAUCUCCAGCAGCACCAGCAGCGAGAAACACAGCUCAGGCAGAUCUUGCAUUUACACUGUACAUGCCCUUGCUCAAUCUUUUCCCUUCCGUGUACCCGUUCCCCGGCGAACGAGAGUAAAAGAAAAAUCAAACAACAACAACCAACACACAGUGCUAUAAUAUACAGAGGAUGAGAAAAAGCCCACACAGAUGACCAACCGACCUGAACGCAAAGGAAACACUGACGGGAAACGGGAGGGAAAUGGAUCCCGAGGAAAUAGUACUUUCCAGCUCGGAAACGAGAGUCCGUGCUGGGAACGCGCGAGCUGAGGUCCUGCGUUGCUGCCGGAGGUCUAGCUUUUGUUGAUGUCGCCAGUCGAUAGAAGUACCGUGUCGUGAAAAGAGAAAAAACAGCUCCGAACCGCGCCAUGUCAAUGGCGCUCGUAGACGC